UUAAGAAUCAAAUUUAUGAUCGGUAUAUUUGACACACAAUGAUUCGCCCACACGCUCGAACACGAUUCUGGAUUUUUCUCUCAAUAUUUGCAAUUUGCCUCUAUAUUUUUGGUUUUUCAGAAAGAAACUACAAUCUCAAGACUAUUUUUGAUAAACAUGGAAAAAUAUCACUAGAAAAUGGUUUUAUUGACACAGAAAUGCAAAAUGAUGAAUACUGUGUUGGCUACAACUUUUUGGAAGCGACAAACAUGUUUCGAGAAGACGGUCUUGAACCAGUGACAUUAGCAGUUCAUGGAACUUCGGAAAUGAUGAAAGCAAUAGAGAAAAAACCAUUAAAUUGGGAUGGUCCUAUAUCAUUUGGAUUGUUUAUUGACUUUCACUCGAGACAAGUUUUGGAAUAUAUCAGUGAAGUUCAUAGAUGUGAUGAGAAGUUUCGUGAAAAGGUGACGGUCCACUUUGCCUUCCGUUUAUCGGCGUUUCAGGGAAGCUGCCCUCAAAUAAAAAUUUCACCGACAAACCGUGAAUGCAAGGAAUUUCUGCACAAUCGUGAUAAGUAUCGGCAAGCAGCGGGUGGACCAUUUCAGUUGUAUCCAAGUAAUUUGAUGAGGAACAUUGCACGUCAAGGGGCCAAAUCGGAUAUUCAUUUUAUUGCGGACGGAGAUAUGGUCAUGAGUGAGGGGUUUGCAAUGAAAAUAAAACCUAUUGCAAAUCAAGUUAUUGAUGGGACAAGCAAAAAUCUUUUGGUCGUUAGACGAUUUGAAACAAAUGAAACGACCAUACCCCGAGAUCACAAACAGUUGCAAGAAUCAAUAAAAAAUAAAAAAGUUUUCCAAUUCCACCACAAGUUUUUCUUCAGCGGUCAUAAAAUUGCAAAUAUUUCACAUUGGUUUGCUGUUUCCAAUAAUACUGACAGAAUUACCACUUGGGAGAUACCUUACUCGAGUAGUUUAUGGGAAGUUCAAGUGAUUCUUCAUCGCAAUGAUUUAUACAAUGCUGAUUAUUUUCCGGCGAGAAUUAAGGUUAUGCAGUCCUUGGUGUACAGUCUAUGCCGAGCAAACUACACAUUCAAUCUUCUUUCCCAUGUGUUCAAUGUUCACGAAGGAAUCAAAUUGGAUGAUACAGGAUUUUCUAAAUCAGUUAUAGCACACUCAAAAAAAUACGGGAAAACAAGAGCCUACAAUCGAUACGUCAAAGAAAUGGACGACGCUUAUCCGAAUACUUUGAAAAAAUGCGGGAAUUUCAUUAUGUGAUGGGAAAAUUUUUGUAGAGGAUUGAGAUAUAUUUGCAUUAUAACAAUCAAAACUACGUGUUUUUCGAGAAGUCUGGGUUUAUUUUGUUUUAAUUUAUUUUAGUACGUUCACUCACUUUCAAAUUAUAUUUCAGUGUGUUUCAGAAUGAAUAUUUCAAUUACCUAAUU